AUGGACUGUGAUAUCGCCUCAUAUCACGUCUCCUCGUUCGACUUUCUCGUCACCGACGGCUGUCAGCUCGCCGCCCAAGCGAUUCCAGCCGAGAAGUUUCGUUUGAAAAAUGGAGACAAUGUCACAAUGAAGUUCACAUCCGCCCAACUGCAUAAGCCGACGCUGGACAGUGGUGCCAAAUUGACCAGCGACACCCUUCCAUUGUACCCAGCCGAGUGCCGACAGCGUGGAAUGACGUAUGCUGGAAAUCUGAAAGUCAACAUUGAUGUCCAUGUCAAUGAGACGCGUUUGGAUAUCAUUGAGACCAUUCUCGGCAAGGUCCCGAUUAUGCUCCGUUCCGAAGGCUGUCAUCUCCGUGGAAUGUCCCGUAAACAACUGGUCGCAGCCGGCGAGGAACCCAUCGAAAAAGGCGGCUAUUUCAUCGUCAACGGCUCGGAAAAAGUGAUCAGAUUGCUCAUUGCAAAUCGUCGAAACUUUCCAAUCGCAAUCAUUCGAAAAACGUUCAAAGAGAAGGGAAAACUAUUCUCAGAGUUUGGAGUGAUGAUGAGAAGUGUGAAGGAGAAUCAUACGGCUGUCAUGAUGACAAUGCACUAUUUGGAUACGGGAACGAUGCAGUUGGCACUGCAAUUCAGACGAGAAAUCUUCUAUAUCCCAAUGAUGUACAUUGUGAAGGCGUUGACGAAUAAGAAUGACGCAGUGAUAAGUGCAGAAUUCAAGAAAGGACGUCCCAAAGAUCAAUUCUUCGCCUCCUGCAUCCUCAACAUGCUUGCUCAAUGUCAAGAGGAAGGGAUUCUGGACCAGGAAUCUGCCAUAACAGCAAUCGGAUCCCGUUUCCGAGUAGCUGUCUCGGAUAGAGUGGGUCCUUGGGAGAAGGACAUCGACGCCGGCCGCUUCAUCCUCAAAGAAUGCGUGCUGAUUCAUCUGGAGGACGACGAGGAGAAGUUCUACACGCUGGCCUAUAUGGCUCAGAAGCUCAUCGCGCUUGUGAAAGGAGAAUGCGCUCCGGAGACGCCCGACAAUCCGCAAUUCCAGGAGGCAUCAGUGUCUGGACACAUUCUGCUGUUGAUUUUGAGAGAGAGGAUGGAGAAUAUUCUGGGCAUGGUGAGGAGGAAGAUUGAGUUUAUGAGUGCUAGGCAGGAUUUUCGAUUGACAUCAGCCCAGAUCCUCAAAGCCCUUGGCAAUCACAACGGCGGAGAGAUCACCCGUGGAAUGGCCUACUUCCUGGCCACCGGAAACCUCGUCACUCGUGUCGGCCUCGCUCUUCAACAGGAAUCUGGAUUCUCAGUGAUCGCCGAGCGAAUCAAUCAACUUCGCUUCGUCUCUCACUUCCGAGCCAUUCACAGAGGCGCCUUCUUCAUGGAGAUGCGUACAACCGACGUUCGAAAACUCCGUCCCGAAGCGUGGGGCUUCAUUUGCCCGGUGCACACUCCCGACGGCGCGCCGUGCGGUCUUCUGAAUCACGUGACGGCGUCGUGUGAAAUCGUGACCCAUUUAACGGAUAAUUCGAAUGUGACAUCGAUGCUGGCGGAAUUGGGAAUGUAUACACAGAAGACGGUGUCGAUGGCACCGUCUGGCGAGGAGUUGUAUCCGGUUCUGAUGGAUGGAAAAUUCAUUGGCUACGUGCCGAUUGCUAAGGCAGCGUCGAUCGAACGAUAUUUGAGAUGUGCCAAGGUGGCGAAGGACGCCAGAAUUCCGUAUACAGCUGAGAUCGCUCUCGUCCGCCGCUCCACCGACAUCAAGAACAUCCAAACCCAAUACCCGGGAAUCUACAUUCUCAGUGACCCGGGCCGUCUGAUUCGUCCCGUUCGAAAUUUGGCACUGGACUCUGUUGAACACAUUGGAACAUUCGAACAAGUCUAUCUAUCGGUGGUGUUGGAUCCAGAAGAGGCGGAGCCCGGUGUCACGAUGCACCAAGAGCUCCACCCGUCGUGUUUGUUCUCUUUUGCCGGAAAUUUGAUUCCGUUCCCGGAUCAUAAUCAAUCGCCACGUAACGUCUACCAAUGUCAAAUGGGUAAACAAACCAUGGGCACCGCCGUGCACGCCUGGCACACCCGCGCCGACAACAAAAUGUACCGUCUGCAGUUCCCACAACAGCCAAUGCUAAAGCUGGAAGCCUACGAGAAGUACCAAAUGGAUGAGUACCCGCUAGGAACGAAUGCGUGCGUGGCAGUGAUCUCCUACACUGGAUACGAUAUGGAAGACGCGAUGACAAUCAACAAGGCCUCUUAUCAGCGAGGUUUCGCGCACGGAACAGUGAUCAAAGUGGAGAGAAUCGAACUGGUGACCGAGCGAGAGAAGAAGACCAUUUUCCAUAAGAAUCCGAGAGAAGAGAUUAAGACAGUUGGACCAGAUGGACUGCCAAUCCCUGGAAGACGUUACUUCAUGGACGAAGUCUACUAUGUGACGUUUAAUAUGGAGACUGGGGACUUUAGAACCCAUAAAUUCCAUUAUGCAGAGCCGGCGUACUGUGGAAUGGUGAGAAUUGUGGAGAAUUCUGAGGCGCCUGGAGGAGGAGCUCAGCACGCGUUGAUUCAAUGGAGAAUCGAGAGAAACCCAAUUAUCGGAGACAAAUUCGCGUCGCGACACGGACAAAAGGGAAUCAACUCGUUCCUAUGGCCCACCGAAUCGCUUCCGUUCUCGGAGACCGGCAUGGUACCGGAUAUCAUUUUCAAUCCUCACGGUUUCCCGUCUCGGAUGACAAUUGGAAUGAUGAUCGAGAGUAUGGCUGGAAAGUGUGCAGCGACGCAUGGAGAGAAUUAUGAUGCGUCGCCUUUCGUGUUCAAGUUAGUUCUAUUGGAAAAUGGGGACGGCGGGGAGGGAGUGAAAUUGGAUUUUUCUCAAAAUUUUAGUCCGAAAAUUUAUGCCGGAAAAUCCCCGAUUUUUUUUUCCAGCGAGGACAACACAGCGAUCAACCAUUUCGGCGAGCUGCUCACCAAAGCCGGCUACAACUACUACGGUAACGAGACGUUCUACUCGGGUGUCGAUGGACGGCAAAUGGAGAUGCAAAUCUUCUUCGGCAUCGUCUACUAUCAACGCCUUCGUCACAUGAUUGCUGACAAGUUCCAAGUGAGAGCCACCGGUCCAAUCGAUCCGAUCACUCAUCAACCGGUCAAAGGACGAAAGAAGGGUGGAGGUAUUCGAUUCGGAGAAAUGGAACGAGACGCCAUCAUUGCUCACGGUACCUCGUUCGUUUUGCAGGAUCGCCUGCUCAAUUGCUCAGAUCGUGACGUGGCGUACGCCUGUCGUCGUUGUGGCUCUCUGCUCUCCGUUCUAAUGUCGAAUAAGAAGCAAUCGUUCGCCAACAAGCGAAGAUUCCACGAGGAGAACGAAGAUGCCCAACUGGACUACACAGAAACGCAACGAUGCCGUACUUGUGAUCGUGACGAUCAAGUGUUUCUUCUGCAAGUGCCACGUGUGUUUCGUUUUUUGACUGCCGAAUUGGCUGCGAUGAAUGUGAAGAUCAAAUUGGGUAUUGAACAUCCGGCCAAGAUUACUGGAAGCUAA